UUCUGCUAGCUGGACUUAUCAGAUGAAGUCUGAGUCUGUGUGUUGCGUUGGUGUUUUUGUAAACUUUGAGUGAAACAGGACUUUAAGACUAUCAAUUUUUAUUCUGUUACUUGUGUUUCUGUUACUUGAAAGUUGUAUUAAGCAUUAAAUAAUAUUUAAUUGGUUUUCGAAUACUUGUUAUAGCCAAGGAGCCAACAUGUCUGCUUCGGUUCCAUUGAUGAUGUUUGCUGAGGAAGAUGUGGAAGGAGGGGGCAAAUCCAUCGAGGAUGACUUUGCCUACAGGAACAAUGUACAUCAAGCAAGUCUUCAUAUUAGACUUGCUUUUCUCAGGAAGGUUUACAGCCUUCUGUUUAUUCAACUGGCUGCGACUGUGGUUAUCGGCUUCACCUUUAUGUUCACUCCGAUACUGAGCUUCUACAUACACAACAAUGAUUGGCUGCUUUCCUUGUCCCUAAUCCUGAGUGUGGUGAUCCUCAUUGCACUACAUUGGAAACGCAGGGAAUAUCCAACCAACCUCAUCUUGCUCGCCGCCUUUACCUUGAUCCAAGCGUACUCUGUGGGCGUUGUGGUAACGUACUUCGAGCAGUUUGUUGUGUUGCAAGCUUUGGUGCUCACGGUUGUGGUUGUUGGAGGCCUCACUGCCUACACCCUACAGUCAAAGCGAGAUUUCUCUUCUCUUGGUAGUUUCCUAUUUGCUUCUUUGUGCGUCCUGAUUGUUGGUGGAUUCCUAACCAUCUUCUUUGGCAGUACAGCUCUUGAGCUGUUCUUGUCUGUUGGAGGUGCUCUGCUGUUCUCUCUGUUCAUCAUCUAUGAUACCCAGGAAAUGAUGAAGAGGCUUUCUCCAGAGGAAUAUAUAUUAGCUACAAUCAAUCUCUACUUGGACAUCAUCAAUCUUUUCCUCCAUAUUUUGAGGGCCCUUGAAGCAGCCCGCCGUUAAGUUUUUGUGUAUUUGGUUCAAUUUGUUUUAAAUUAUAGUAAUGGUUUUUAUUAUUAGGUUUUUAAAAUUAUGAAUAUUGUUUUGAUGAUUUUCCGUUAUAUGGACCUACUUAAACAUGUUGUCAGAGUUAUGUUAAUAUUUAGUGGUCAUGUGUUCCAGUAUAUCAAUCUUGUUUGUUAUGUUAAUGUAAAAAUUAUUUUGUUGAUUCUUCAACUACAGAUGUGGAAUAAUAAAUUGACAGUGAAUUCCUUUGGAGUUUGAAUAACAUUAUCAAGAGUUUGCAUUAUAUUACGUUUAUCAGUAUUUUUCCAGCUUAGUUUUCAAGUUAGUAAUAGAUACUACUUAAUAGUUGUGAGCACAAUGAAUAACUUGUAGAUUAGAGCAAACCUUCAUUCCAUAGCUAUAAAUGUUUAAUUAAUUAUAUGUGUUUAUUUGACUACUGUGUUAAAACUACUUUCGAUUGUUUAAGUAACUCGCAAGUUAAAAAAUGUGUAUGCUUUUUACAUAGUUGAAGUAGCAUCACAAAUCAGUAAUACAGUUUUUUUGUAAAUUUUUGGCGAAUUAAGUAUUUAAUUUUUAUUCUUUUAAGUCAACGAAUCAUUUUUGUUUUGUUUUUGUGAAUAGUUAGAAUUUUAAACUAGGAAACCGAGUAUAUUAAAAUCAGUUAGCUAAAAUGUAAAAAUGUGAUCUAAAUAUUUAGAGUUUGAACUAUUUUGAAUAUUCUUUGUACAGCAUAUGUGAUUUAUUUUUAUUACAGAGUUACCUCUAAUAUAGAUAAUAAGAUUUAAAAUGUGUUUUAUGCAAUAGUUUCAUUCUUUAUUUAAAUAUUAUAAACAUGAUAUUUAUAAAUAAGUACAAUCAGGUUACUGUGCAAUUUAAACACUCACAAUAGUGAUAGUUACAGAGUAACAAUAUUAGCAGGAGACUGGGGUAGUUGUAUAUUUUAAUAUAUAAUAUAUCAUGUAAUUAUAAUCAUGAGACUUAAUUAAACUAUUACACCUA